AUGUUGUCAUGCUAUUACGACGAUGAAAUAACAAUGGGAAUGGCUCGUGCUGUUUCGCGUGUUUUAAAUCUUUCGUUGGAUGAAGUAUGGGAAGCUUUUGGCACAUAUUUCAUACACUUUAUUAUAAAAACUGGAUGGGAUGAAAUUUUACAAGUGCUUGCUUACGAUCUUAAAGGUUUUUUGAAUAGCCUAGACAGAAUAUAUUAUUUUGCUGAUCGAAUGGCUUUCUCGAUGAAAUUACGCGGUCCAUUGUUUCGCUGUGAAUUGAACAAUGAUGAUAGCCUCCUACUGCAUUAUUAUUCGUCACGUAUAGGAUUUCCGGGAAUCGUCAAAGGUAUUGUUCGUGAAAUAUCAAGGAGAAUAUUCGGAAUUGAAAUUGAAAUAACUAUUGAAAGCCGUCUUCGAGCGCAUUUUAAUUCAAUCAUUAAAGAACACAUUAUAUUCUCAAUUACUAGGAAAGAUAAAAAUAAGAACAGUUUGAAUUGCGUGAAUCCUUCGUUGACCAAUUCUUUACAAAAUACGAAGUCAAAUGGACAAUGUGGCCUAUCUCUAACCGAAUUUGCGAUUAUUUUUCCAUAUCACAUUUGUUUUAAUAGAAAAUUCCAAAUAUUGCACUGCGGUAUUUUUAUCAAAAAGUAUGUACCGUCAGUGAGAUCUGGUGUAACUUUGCUAACUGAUAUUGCACAACUUAUUUAUCCUAAUGUACCACUUAUUUAUCAAUCUUUACUGACUUUUUUGAAUAGUAUAUUUGUAUUAAUACUAAAUGAUAUCACGGACCACCAAAUUCACUCGUAUCCAAUCGUUUUAAAAGGUUCGAUGACGUUAUUAUCAAAUGGACAUUUUAUUUAUAUGUGUUCGUUGGAUGUAUCCGAAAUUAUCCAUCUUAAACAACGACAGUUAUAUCUUAGUGAUAUGCAAUUACACGAUGCAACUCGAAAUAUUAUCAUGAUCAAUGAAUUAAGACUUUAUCAAAUUAAAUAUACUGAAAAGUUGGAAGAAAAAAAAAAUAAUCUGACAAAACUAAUCGAGAAAGUGGCUACUGAGAAAUAUCAAUCGGAAAAACUCCUUUAUGAAUUAUUACCACCAUUUGCUGUUGAAAUUCUUCGUAUGGGUGAAACAGUUCAAGCGCAUGAAUGUACAGAUGUAACACUUCUCUUUUCCGAUGUAGUAAAAUUCACAAACAUUUGCGCUGCAUGCGCACCUUAUGAUGUUUUUAAUAUGUUAAACGAGUUAUAUACCAAAUUUGAUCGUAUUGCAAAAAUUAACGACGUUUAUAAGGUUGAAACUAUUGGUGAUGCUUACGUGGUUGCUAGUGGUGUUCCCACUCAAUGCAUCGAUCAUUCAGAACGUAUCUUAAAUAUGGCCAUUGGUAUGCAAAUGGAGGUGAAAUCAGUGAAGCGUCCAGGAACUGAUAUAUCACUUGAGAUUCGUAUAGGUGUUCACACCGGAUCAAUUUUUGCUGGAAUAGUUGGUUUCAAAAUGCCUCGUUAUUGCUUAUUUGGGAAGACAGUUUCAAUAGCUCGUAAACUGGAAUCGUAUGGCGUACCAAGAAGAAUUCGUGUCAGUGAAACGGCCAAGAAUUCGGCACUACAAACGAAUAAAUUCCUUGAAUUCGUUGAGGGAGGAAUUAUUGAGGCAGAUUUUGGCCGUGUGCACACUUAUUUUCUGGAAAAAAAUGGUCGAAAAACUGUUUGGGACAUUUGCGCCCAUCUUAGACAACCAGGACAGUCCACUGAUGGAUAUUACGAAUUGCACGAAACCGAGGAGACUUCAUUUAAAAAACAUACUCCUUGUAAGAUAACCAUCAUGAGAAAAAAGCGAAAAGUGGGACAGAAGCCUUCUGCAUUUCAACCAGCUAAUGCUAAUCUUCAAGAAACGAAUAUUUGUGUUGUCAUUUGA